AUGCGAGACAAAGGAUUUCCAGCGCUGGGCCCCAUUUUCUGCUUUGCUUCCUUUAUUGUAACGCUGCACCUCGUUAAUGGAGACCUGAGUUAUUCUAUUCCAGAGGAGAUGAAACGCGAGUCUGUUAUUGGAAAUAUCGCCAAAGAUCUCGGUCUUGAUCUGAGGACAUUAUCUUCCCGAAAGGCCCGUGUUGAUUUUACGGGGACUCGUAAGCGGUACUGUGAUAUUAAUCUGAGUACUGGAGAUUUGAUCACAUCGGAGAGAAUUGACAGAGAAAGCCUUUGUGGCAAGAAACCGUCGUGUGUUGUUGCGGUUGAUCUGGUGUUAGAAAAUCCUCUGGAGCUUCAUCGACUAAGUCUUCAUAUUCAAGAUGUGAACGACAACACGCCGCAGUUUAACGACAAUUUGAUUGAAAUGGAAAUACGCGAGUCAGCAGACAAGGGUAACCGCUUCUCUAUCGAGGAGGCCCAUGACGCAGAUAUAGGUCAAAAUGCUGUUCAAAGAUACAGCCUACAAAAGAACGACAACUUUAUUCUCGCUGUUGACAGCAACAAGGUUGAACUGGUACUGGAGAAUACACUUGAUCGAGAGAAACAGAGAGAGAUUAAUUUGCUUCUGACAGCUUUAGAUGGUGGCUCUCCUCAGAGAUCAGGUACUGUAGUCAUACACGUCACUGUGCUGGAUGCUAAUGAUAACGCCCCAGUGUUCAGCCAGGCCGUUUAUAAAGCCAGUCUGCCUGAAAACUCUCCUCCAGAUACUAUAGUGAUUACUGUUAGUGCUACUGACGCAGAUGAAGGAGUGAAUGGAGAUAUCACUUAUCACUUUGGUCAUGUUUCUGAUGAUAAUGUAAAUGUGUUUUCUAUUGAUCCUAAAAGUGGAGAAAUCCGAGUAACUGGUUUGAUUGACUUUGAGGAAAGCAGUUCUUUUGAAAUGAGAGUAAAAGCUAAAGAUGGUUUAGGUUUAACCUCUUACGCUAAGGUUAUAAUAGAUGUUACUGAUGUGAAUGAUAAUGCUCCAGUGAUAAAUCUGAAAUCACUUUCUAACCCCAUACCUGAGAAUGUGUCACCUGGUACAGAGGUGGGCAUCAUUAACGUGCAGGAUAGAGACUCUGAGAAUAACGGACUGGUUCGCUGCUCGAUUCAACAAAACGCCCCUUUUAAGUUGAUUCCUUCUAUUAAAAACUAUUAUUCUCUGGUGACCACAGGACAACUGGACCGUGAAGUAGUGUCUGAUUACAACAUUACAAUCACUGCCACUGACGAGGGCUCUCCACCUCUGUCCUCGUCUAAAACUGUUGAGUUAUCUGUAGCAGACAUCAACGACAACCCGCCUGUGUUUGAGGAACAGUCGUACAGCGCAUAUGUGAGUGAAAAUAACAAACCUGGCUCCACUUUAUGUUCCGUUAGUGCUCGAGACCCCGACUGGAGACAAAACGGUACAGUGAUUUAUUCUCUGUUACCUGGUGAUGUGAACGGUGCCCCGGUGUCCUCGUAUGUGUCUGUUAACGGAGACACGGGGGUGAUCCACGCUGUGAGGUCGUUUGAUUAUGAACAGUUGAGGAGUUUUAAAGUCCACGUGAUGGGCAGAGACAACGGUUCUCCUCCGCUGAGCAGCAACGUGACCGUCAGUGUGUUCAUAUCGGAUGUGAAUGACAACUCUCCUCAGAUACUGUAUCCCGGGCCGGAGGGCAACUCCUUCAUGACCGAGCUGGUCCCCAAAGCUGCACACGGAGGCUCUCUGGUGUCCAAAGUGAUCGCGGUGGACGCGGAUUCCGGACAGAACGCCUGGCUGUCUUAUGAUAUAGUGAAAUCCACUGAUCCGGGGCUUUUCACUAUUGGUGUCCACAGCGGAGAUCAGGACACAGCGGACAUUUGA